AUGUCCUUCCUAUCGAACUACUUCACUGGGCAGCGAGUCGCUCCUCCUCGCAUACCCACGGAUACCGUCAUACCCCUCCACAGCCGCGACGACACGCAUCAAAACAGAAACGUUUCAGUCGAAUUCACCAUGUGUUUUGACGAAGUUCUUGACGAGCGGAAGCUUGUCGAAGCAUUAUGGAGGCUGCUUGAGAAACCGGGUUGGAGGAAGUUGGGAGCGAGACUGCGCCUCAAUACCAGCAACGAUAAACUUGAAUACCACAUACCAGCACAGUACACCAAAGAACGCCCGCCAGUCAACUUCACGCAUGGGAUUUAUGACUGCAAAUUGAAGGACCAUCCUCUUGGUUGCCAGAUUCCUACUGCAAACGAGCGUAACGACAGUGUCCAGGUCUUCGGCGUUCUAGAGUCGCAACGUGGGGUUAUAAGUGCGAAGGGCAAUACUUCAGUCCUUGAUGACUGGCUUUUUUCAGACGAAGCGCAGUUAGGCUUACAUGUAGCGAGCUUCAAGGAUGCGACACUCGUCACCCUGACUUGGCUACAUACGCUUCUUGAUGCGAUGGGACGACAAACUCUACUAAGAGCCUGGACGGCAGUGUUGGAAGGAAGAGACGAAGAUGUACCGGAGUUCUGGGGUUACGAUUUCGACCCAUUGAUGCGGCUUGGAGCUUCUCCCGAUGAGGGCGACCGGGAUGCAGAGGGUAUGAGUGCCGGCACUACGCAGGUGCAAGAGAAAGCGCAAUCUCAGAUCUGGAUGGUGGUUUCAAACUUCAGGACUUGGCUUCCAAGCUUGCGAGACCCCAGAACGACGCUCGCAUACCUCUACUCUCGGUUCUUUACACCGACGACAACGCAGAACGGCCGUAUGCUCUACAUGCCCGCGGCCUACAUGGCUCGCUUGCGAACUGAAGCAAUGCACGAUCUUAAAUCUCUCGACGCCUCACAGAUAACCUACAAUACCUCAACCUCUUCCGCACCAAAGCCCUUCCUCUCAGACGGCGACAUCUUCUCAGCUUGGUUAAUCCGCCAUCUCGUUUCCUCCGACACCUCUCUGCUCAACUCACCACCUGCUCGACCCAUCAUAAUCCUCAAUGUCUUGGGCAUGCGAGACGUACUGUCCACCUCGUCAUCCAAAUACGGGGUCUUGAUUCCAAAAGGAAAAGCAUAUGUUGCAAACUGUACAGGUGGAAUCAUUUCGGCGUUCAGUGUACAGCAGUUUGUCGGUAUGCCGUUGGGUCACGUUGCGGCUCGUAUUCGCAAAGAUCUUGUUGAGCAGGCGAAUAGAGAGGCGGUGGAAGCUUCGCAGCGUGCCAGCCGCAACGGACAGCAAAACCUUACGCCUCCGUCGGAUCCGCAGAUGGGGCCGGCAGCCUACGUGUUCUCAAACUGGGCAAAGGCAACGUUGUUUGAUACAGAUUUCAGCGCUGCUGUCGUUUCUGAUGAUGGUGAUGAGGGUGGGUUGACUAGUAGGCCGACCAGAGGAAAGCCUAUGUAUAUCAGUGUUAACGGUCACGAUAGACGGGUGGACGGUUGGGGCAAAAGCUCAGGGGGCAUUGGUAUGUGUGUUGGUAAGGAUGCUAGGGGUGGGUAUUGGCUUGGAGCAAUCACCCCAGCAAAAGAGUAUGCGGAGGAGUUUGAGAAGACUGUGUUGAGCGAUUUCUAG